AUGCUCGCGUGUAGCGUCUGGAGACUGGAGGCGCGUCGAGUCCGGCCCGUACUUCCGCGCCUCGUCCUUAGCCUCCUCUUGCUUCCUGCCUCCACAACACGUUCACGCCCCAAGCAUCUGCAUCUCGACUUGAGCUUUAAAGCUUGCCGUAACAUGACUCAGGUGCCUCAGAAUAAUGCGGCCAAUGCAGGUGCCCCAUAUGUUGGGCCAGAUACGACCUUCGUGAACCCUAGCGACAAGUUCUGGUCGCUCUAUAUUGAAGAUGCGGAGAAAUAUGACAAGGUCCGACUCGAGAGAUGGAAGGGGGACACCGAUGGGAUUCUGAUAUUCACCGGUCUAUUCGCUGCCACGGUGGCGACCUUUGUCGUCAGCACUAUUCCAAGUCUCUCUCCCGAUUCUGGUGACCAGUCCGCGGUCCUCCUGGCCCAGGUGCUCUCCGUACUUGUGAAUAAUACAGAUAAUGGCACACUGCCCACUAGUGCACCCCCGAACUACAGUUUUGAAGCUUCCAUGUCAUCUGUUUGGAUCAACUCGCUCUGGCUUGUGAGUCUGUUCCUAUCGCUGGUCUGUGCUCUCGGCGCGACCCUCGCGCAACAAUGGGCGAGGAUCUACUUGCAACAAGUUCAGCGCCGCGGUAGCCCCAGUGUCCGGGGCCCACAGUACGCCGCUCUGACACAAGAGCUGGAGAACUUCCAUAUGGAAGACGUCAUCACUUGGAUCAUAUCCAUACUGCAUGUUGCUGUACUGCUGUUCUUUGCUGGACUACUCGUCUUGAUAUACCCGGCUGAUCGCCGCGUUGGUAUCGUCUUAGCCGCAUUCGUUGCCGCAGGAAUCCUGGUAUACCUUGCCUUGAGUCUAUUGCCAAUAGCGACAUAUCGCUCUCCCUACCGCACACCGUUGACGAAUGCGCUCAAACGUGUCAUAAACGUACUCUCGACGCUGGUCGAUGGGCCCGACACCCCGGAGGAUCGGCGGCAUCUGCGUGCGGGUACCGUCGCGGACAAGAUCUACGAAUGGAAUCCAGAUCAAUGGGUGAGUUACCAUACUGGAGCAUUGAAACAGCUCCACGCUUCAGUGGAUCAGAUGGACGAAGCUGAGGUCUUCUGCGACUCGCUGGCCAUGCUACUCGACUCGUUCCAGCAAGGCUCACCCACAGUUCUGGAGGUUCAUGGACAGCCAGGUCCUGCGCACACGUCGUAUGCGGCACUGCACACGUUUUGUCUAUUCGCUGUGGUUCAACUGGAUGUGUGCAGGUUGCUAAAAAAGUUGAUGGAUGACAUACCGUUCAAUAAACGAUUACCCGGGCAAUCGAUGGUUCGUAGACUGUCAACCAUCAGCUCGCUCAUCCGGUCACUCCUUGAGGAUUGUUACCGAGGGGUUGGUCGAGAAGAAAUCACCGUUGCGGGAGACAGGAUCCUGACAGAAGUACUCCGAAGCGGAUGCUUACGCCUUAGCCCGACAUAUAGCACCUGGCCCGACCGUUCCCAGUUUGACUUUCUAGUACGGCAAGACAGGAAACAAGCGAUCCACAAGCUGCCGUUCGAUACUGGGCGCCUACCUUUUCCGCCCCGUCUAUUCGGAGUAGGAAGCGAAAGGAUCUCGCAAUUCUUUGUCGCGUCUAUACGGGCAGGGUUCUUGGAGGCUUAUCUGCUGCGCCCUGGAGCCGAUUAUCACGGGCAGCUGUUCGAUCGCAUCAUCCGUGUAUUGUUGCUCAGAGGAGACCUUCCUAGCAACUUCCCUAACAGUAAUGAACUUAGGGGAGCGAUCAUUCGCGAGCUUUUACUGGACAACUUUCUGUAUAUGUACAGCGAAACUAUCCGGUUUGCUUCAGAACCCGACGGCAUCGACAUGUUACAUGAGUAUCAGAGUACAUGGAUACCCCUCAUGAAGAAAAUGUACAAAGGAGUCCAAUCACACCUGCCUCGGAUGAGGCCCAACGAUGACAGCCUUGUUGCACUGAGCUACAUUGCGCAUGAACUUGGCCUACUAGACGACAUGGAUGGUCUAGAAUCUGUCUUGGACGAGGCCUACGUCCAGAAUCACGUAGACGCGCGUUAUACGCCGCUGUUCCGGGAUCGCUCGAUGUUUGGUCACUGGUUCUCCUCCAUUUGCCGUUGGCAGAUUGACGCAAGCGAUGGAGGACUGCCUGGCCUCUAUCAAGUCUCAUUCGCGCCUGGAAGGUCAAGGAUGAAUACCCCGGAGCCGAUCGAGGAGCAACCUAUCGGACGGGAAAACCCGAACGAGCAAGACGAGCCGCGGACGUCAAUUGAAGGGGAUCUUCGGGCGGUACAGGUUCACAGUCCGGACGGGGACUCGGAGGUCAUAUCUAUGGAGCAUUAA